CCCUCAUUCUUUCCCGUUUAGCGAGGCGUCGGCGAGGAAGAACCGGCCAUGGUGCACGUUAGUUUCUACAGGAACUAUGGUAAGACCUUCAAGAAGCCCCGUCGUCCUUACGAGAAAGAGCGGCUCGAUGCCGAGCUGAAGCUGGUAGGGGAGUAUGGGCUCCGAUGCAAGCGGGAGCUCUGGAGGGUCCAGUAUGCGCUGAGCCGAAUCCGUAAUGCGGCUAGGGAGCUUCUGACGCUCGAUGAGAAGAACCCUCGUCGAAUCUUUGAGGGAGAAGCCCUACUCCGCCGGAUGAAUCGGUAUGGGCUCCUCGAGGAAGGGCAGAACAAGCUCGAUUAUGUGCUGGCUCUCACCGUCGAGAACUUCUUGGAGCGGCGUUUGCAGACACUCGUCUUCAAGUCUGGAAUGGCUAAAUCCAUCCACCACGCUAGGGUCCUUAUCAGACAGCGCCAUAUACGAGUAGGAAGGCAAGUAGUGAACAUCCCAUCCUUCAUGGUGAGGGUGGAUUCAGCUAAGCACAUCGACUUCUCCCUCACCAGUCCAUUUGGUGGCGGCCGACCAGGAAGAGUGAAGAGAAAAAAUCAAAAGGCUGCAGCAAAGAAGGCUGCUGGAGGUGAUGGAGAUGAAGAUGAGGAAUGAGCAAAACUGCAUUAUUGCAUUUGCGAUAGAGCCUCUGUCUAUUUACAUUUGUCCAUGUUUCUUGUUUACUCUGUGGAUUGUGGUGACUCAUAAAUGUCUCUGAAUUUUGAGUUUUAUGGAUUCAUGUUCGAUAUCUUUAAUUUUGUUCGGUAUGGAAAUGCGUUUUGAAUA